UUCUAAUUUAGACACGAGCAGUGUAGUAAUUGAAGUUUCGGUUCACUAAUCUCAAAUCCUUUUUAAUUAAGUGUUUGAUCGUGCAGGUAUGUAGAGAUAUUGUGUUAUAGUCUACCAGUUCAAAUGUUCUGGCGGCGGCCGGUUAGCAACAAAAGAAUACAGAUCAGGAUGUCAAAAAUAUCUUCGCAAUUAUUGAAACACCAAGUCAGUUCCUUUCAGGAUGUACCAAGAGCACAAGAAAAUCAAAGUCAAUUUCUUGUGCAGAAUAUUUCCGAAUAAAUAAAUUGUGUUUGUACAGAAAUCAUAUGCAUUUUCAAAAGGUGGACCAUUUCUACAACGCGAAUUCUUAUUUGAGCUUGUCAGCAGCCACAAGCCCUGAAAUGAAAAGGAUCUCAAGAGUAGCCUCCGUGAUUCAAUCGUCGUCAUGAUAAAAGAUUAAUGGAGAAUACAGGCCGUGCUCGCAGGCAUGUGAAUGUUCGACCUCCAAAUUGUGGGAAUCUCAUAACAAUUCUUAGUAUUGAUGGGGGAGGAAUAAGAGGAAUCAUUCCUGGAGUAAUCCUAGCAUACUUAGAAUCGCAGCUUCAGGAGCUAGAUGGUGAGGAAGCAAGGAUUGCAGAUUACUUUGAUGUGAUAGCAGGGACAAGCACCGGCGGUCUGAUAACGGCCAUGCUUGCUGCUCCCAAUGAAAAUCACCGACCAUUAUAUGCUGCCAAAGAUAUAGUUCCUUUCUACCUGGAAAACUCCCCCAAAAUCUUCCCACAGAUUGGAGGACCAUUUGGAGGGGUGGUAAAUGCAUUCAAAACAUUGAUAGGACCAGGCUACGAUGGUAAAUAUGUUCAACAACUUAUAAAGAGUAACCUAGGGAGCACGAGGUUGCACCAAACCUUGACUUCGAUUGUUGUUCCAACUUUUGAUAUCAAGAUUCUUCAGCCAGUCAUCUUCAGCUCAUAUCAGGUGACGGACAACCCUGUCGUGGAUGCAUUACUAUCAGAUAUAUGCAUUGGCACCUCGGCAGCACCAACUUUUCUUCCUGCUUACUACUUCAAGAACUCAGAUGCGCAAGGGAAUGAACGAGAAUUCAACCUUAUUGAUGGUGGGAUUGCUGCUAACAACCCGACAUUGGUUGCCGUCAGUGAAGUAACCAAGCAAGUGAUGAAGAAGAACCCUGAUUUCUUUCCAAUAAAGCCUAUGGACUAUGGACGGUUCCUUGUUAUCUCGCUAGGGACAGGCUCUGACAAAAAUGAGCACACGUACAACGCUAAAAUGGCUUCCAAGUGGGGGGUUUUUGGGUGGCUGUACUACAAGGGUUCCACUCCAUUAAUCAAGGCUGUUAAUCAAGCAAGUGCUGAUAUGGUUGAUUUCCACAACUCCGUGGUUUUCCAAGCCCUUCAUUCCGACGAUAAUUACCUCCGAAUCCAAGAUGAUGCUUUGACUGGGACUUUAUCCUCCGUUGCCACAGCAACGAAGCAGAACUUAGAUAAUCUUGUCAAGGUUGGUGAAGAGUUGUUGAAGAAACCAGUUUUAAGGGUUAAUUUGACUUCUGGUGACCAUGAACCAGUUGAGAACGGUGGAACCAACAUGGAUGCAUUAACAAGGUUUGCUCAAUUACUGUCGGAUGAAAGAAAGCUCCGAGAUGCAAACUUUGGCAGGAUGAGCGGUUCGACAUCGUAUUAAUUCAUGUUUAUUGUUUCUCAUAUUUUGUCCGUCGAGCUGAGCCGCGUGCCGAUGGGUCAGUCAAUUCAGUCUUGCUACAUGUUUCCUGAGCUACCGGUCUGUUUUCUCUUUUCACGACUGUCUGUCCAUACCAGAAAGUCUGCAAAUCAACCAAGUCAUUUCUUUCGAAACCCUCCAAGCAAUGCGUAAAUUAUAAAUUCGUUACGACUUUCUUUGUCUUAGUACUAUGCUAA